AUGCUUAACGGUGCCUCUACUGUGGCGCGUGCUGCACGCACCGCACGCUGUACCACUACGUUUAUUUUACUUGGGAAAGGUUCCCCCCAGUUUAUAAGGCUCGCCUCAACAGUUGCGAAACCUGCAAGUGAACCCCCCAAGAAGGUUAUUGCGGGGGCAAGCGCAAGUGCAAGUGCAAACGCAGGACAGAAGAGUGUCUCUGGUAAACCCUUGCAAAAUUCGAAAGUGACUGCCGUGGAUGCACAUGGGACAGGCCCCUCAUCUUUCAAGACGGUGAUCACCAUAGGGACACAGCACCAGGAUAAUAAACCCAACGUCGUUAUUUUGGGGGCCGGAUGGGGGGCCAUCUCGUUUUUGAAACAUAUAGACACCAAAAAAUAUAACGUCUCGAUCAUCUCCCCCAGAAAUUACUUCCUAUUCACUCCGUUGCUACCGUCCACACCAGUGGGGACCGUCGAUGAGAAAUCAAUCAUUGAACCAGUGGUCAAUUUUGCCUUGAAGAAAAAGGGCAGCGUCAGUUACUACGAGGCUGAGGCAAAACAGAUUAACCCAGAACGUAACACUGUGUCCAUCGAAAACGUCUCCUGGGCGGCCCAGUUGUCCAAGGACGAUUUACCCAACGUGAAUCUCGGGAUCCAGAAGGGCGACCCCUUGGAGAUAAAGUACGAUUACUUGAUAUCUGCAGUGGGUGCAGAACCAAACACUUUUGGAGUCCCAGGGGUCGAGGAAUACGGCCAUUUUCUUAAGGAGAUCCCAGACUCCCUUGCGAUUAGGAAAGUGUUCGCCAAAAACAUGGAAAGAGCGAACUUCUUACCCGAGGGUGACCCAGAGAGGAAAAGACUGCUCUCCAUCGUCGUCGUGGGUGGUGGUCCCACUGGUGUAGAGACGGCAGGUGAAUUGCAAGAUUAUGUCACGCAGGAACUACAGAAGUUUCUACCGUCGUUGGCAAAGGAGGUCCAGAUCCAUUUAGUAGAGGCUUUACCCAUCGUUCUAAACAUGUUUGAGAAGAAAUUGUCCUCGUACGCUCAGGAAGUGCUAGAGAAAACAUCUAUCAAAUUGCACCUUAGAACCGCAGUGUCCAAAGUAGAGGAGAAACACCUUACAGCAAAGACGAAACACGCAGAUGGAACAGUCACCGAGCAACAGAUCCCAUACGGUACUCUGAUCUGGGCCACGGGGAAUAAAAUGAGAGCCAUCGCAAAAGAUUUGACUACAAAGAUACCAGAACAGAAGAACUCGACGAGGGCAUUGACCGUCAAUCCAUUCUUGCUAGUGAAGGGAUCAAAUAACAUCUUUGCCGUCGGGGACAACGCGUUCAUUGGGUUGCCACCAACGGCACAAGUCGCCCACCAAGAGGCAGAGUACUUGUGCAAAGUGUUUGACAAGAUGGCACGCAUACCGGACUUCCACCAGACUUUAAAGAACCGAACGGAUAAAGUGGACCUGUUAUUCGAGGAGAACAAAUUCAAACCUUUCAAGUACAUACAUUACGGUGCGUUGGCGUACCUUGGUGCCGAGAAGGCUAUUGCGAAUAUCACAUACGGCAAGCGCAACCUGUACACUGGGGGUGGUAUCUUCACUUUCUACGUAUGGAGACUCGUCUACUUGUCCAUGCUGUUAUCUGCAAGAACAAGAUUCAAAGUCAUCAUUGACUGGAUGAAAAUCACUUUCUUCAAGAGAGAUUUCUUCAAGGGAUUGUGA